UGGUGUCCAUGCAGUUGCCAGGGGCAACACAAGCACCAGGCGACGCUGGCAGGUCAAAGUCACAACUAACUUGCAGUGUUUAACCAGUGAUAUUUCUGAUUUGGUAACUGUAAGGCUAUUUUCAGUGGUCUGUUUUUUUAAAUGUAGAGAAUCGUCAUUGAGUAGAAAUGCCACCAAAAGCAGCCAAAAAGGGCUCAGCUAAAAAGCCCAGCGCGGCUGGAGCCGCAGUCAACAAGAACUGGGAGGCUGGUCUCACCGGAGCACAGUUUGAGGAGGAUUCAUGGCAGGCCUGUGUGUCUUUGGUGGUUGGGAGAAGUCAAGAAGAUGAGGAUCUGAUCCAGGCUCUGGCUCUGGCCGUGCAGCAACCACAACGCAAACUUUUCACAUUGUUGACCUGGGACAGCACCAUUGCAAAGAUCCAUGACCUGGGGAAUCCCAAAGCAAAAAAACCUGAUGAUGUCCCAAUGUUCUAUGAGGUUACAGAGCCCGCUAAGGUGCUGCUGGAUGCAGGAGAGGAGAUCCCCUGUGACCUGAUGGCCAAAAUACUGAAGUUCCAGCUGCUUCAGAUCAAAGCCAUUGAUCAGCAGAGGAGGGAAGCCGAGCAGGCUGAGGAUGAGAAGGCAAAGGCUGUUCCUCCCUCUGCCAAGGACAAAGGAGGGGCCAAGGCCUCUGACAAAAAGGGAAAGAGUCCACCCUCACCUGUGGGACCAGAGAAGAAGACCAAGCUCAAGCGCAGGGAUGAUGUUGAGCCACCUAAGUUCAUAGAUGAUGAGCCAGAUGACGGUCCUCAACACUACAUCCUGGUGCUGGGCUUCUACCAGCCUCACCUUAUUGGUGUCCUUGAUGCAAUAGGUGUACACAUAGCUAAUGUCAUCAAAUUGUGUUCAGAACGCAGACAAACUUAUGAGGUGCAGCAGGAACAACACACCUCUAAGGGCAGUGAGCAGAGCCAGAGAAAAUCUCCAGUUUUGGAUGGAGACUCAGCCUGUAUGGAGCAGGCUGCAGGGGCCAGGAGGUUGGAUCUGUUCUGGUCUGGUCUGAGACCAGUUUUGGACAGGGCACCGCUGGACUCCAAGCUCCAUUAUGUGGCUCAGCUCAGCUGCACUGUCCCAGAUCUCUUACCUUCCCUCCACCCACAGGACCCUGAUGCUAUGCUGGAGUUGGGAAGCCGAAUCUUUGGGGGUGUUGCCAGUCUCAUCUAUGACUGUCUGGACUGGCGCAGACAGCAUCAGCACUACCUAGAUAACAUCAAACUCAUCAGUGUACCCACUGUUGUUGGGUUGGAUCUUCAGCCUGCAAAGGUUGAGCCGACCCCUCUCCCCAUGACUCCACGCUCCAAGAAGAAGUCAGCGCGGGAGGAAAUCCCACCAGACCAAGAGACUGAGCUGCCUCCUCUCACUGCAGAUGUGGACGUGCGUUACUAUAACAACCUACUGAACUUGGUUCCACCUGAAGCGUGCUCAGUGCCCCUUAUCUUGCACUGUAUACUGGAGCAGGUGGUGAUUUCCACAGAGCAGUCUGACUCAACACAGUCCCACGUGGCUGAAAUACCCAAACCUGAUGAUGGUCCCUGGUUAGACUGUCAGCUGGUCAGCUACAUGCUGCAGAGCUUCUUGCCUCUUGUGCACACAGAAGAGGAGAAAAGCCACAUGUUAGAUAGCUUGCUGACUAUAGUGCAGAAUGAGGAAGACAAGAAGAGGUUAGCAGAGAAGUUUGGAGCAGAGGAGACUCAGAAGAAGUCGAAGCACCCCCUGGUUAUCAGACACCAUGAUGAGAGGGCACUACGCUUGAGGGACAUCAGUGCUGUUCAGGGUUUUGAUCCAGCAGAGGUGGAGCUGUCCAUGAUGAAACUGUCUCCAGUGUGGGAGCUGAUUCAUUCUGUAGCUCAUCCGAAAAAGACCAACUCAUGCUGGAUGGCAGUGAAACAGCAGCUUCAACACUACUGCACAGAUGAUGUUGUGUCAUGGCCUGAGGUGGAGCGUCUGUUUCAUCAAAGUGUAUUUGAGGCUAUGCCACUAACCAGGCUGAACCAAAAGGGUGUACUGCUGAAUGCUGCAGGACCACUGGAGCCAGGACAGCAGCAGACACCCACAAUAAUGCCCUGGGACAACCCACUGUCCUAUGCUAAACAGCAGCUUCAUAACCUACAGACAAAAGGCCCAACAUUUCUCACUGAGGACCCUGGUAACACAGAGCACUUCAGUGAGAGAGUGUGCAGCUAUCUGGACCUAUCUGACGUUCAGAGUUGUAGGCUGAGAUCUCUAUUUGACUGGCAUUAUGCUGAACACCACGAUGCUUCCAUCUUCCCACAAGUACUCCAGUUAGCCUCAGAAGAAUACCGCUGCUUGGACACCUUCAGAGGAAACCAUAACAAUGUCCUUUACAUUUUUUGCCACAAUCCCAAGAGUCCCCAUCGCCAGUGCAAGGAGUCCUGGGAUGCAGCCCUUCACACUGAUGUCAAGUUCAGGAAUUAUCUGGAGCAUGUUGCAGAUAACAUUUUGGAUUGGACAACAGAGGAGGAAUCCAAGAGAGAGGCAAUGCAACUAAAAAAUCUCACUCAUGCUGAGUCUCCAAAAGAUGAACAGGCUACAGAAUCUACAGAGGAGGAGGACACUUUGGAGCCAGUCAUCAGGAAAGACUCCCUUAAAGCCUGGAAGUUGGAGCAAGAGAGGCUAAAAGAGGAGGAGAUGGCCAAGAAAUCAAAGAAGGAGAAUACACCAAAAGGCAAGCAGCCGAAGGAGGACACUAAGUCGACAGACAACAAGAGAAGUGCAGCUUCGUCUGGUGGUGGCAAGAAGAGCAGAGCAGAGACAGCAGGCAGCUCAGCCAAGACUCCCAGAGAGACCAUUAGUACCACAGUGCCCCCUAUGGAGGAAAACAGAGACCUGCAUCAGACAGAGGAGGACUUCAAUGGUUUCAUAGGCUACAGCAUGGACGGAAAAUUGAUCCAUGUGUCAGGUCAUCUCCAGUACCUUUUCCCUUCAGAUGGAGGACACAUCACCGUGGAGAAUGUCAGCUAUGUUCAAGGUUCCAGCCUAAUGAAACUGGCUGUGAAGAAGGAUGGACAUCAUUUCUACACACAUAUCAACCAAGUUGUUAUUGAUCCUGUGAAACCUCCACCUCAGCAGCAUGACAAAGAAAUCAGUGAUAAAAAGGAAGAUUGUAAAGAUCCUGUGGAGAUGAAAAGAGUGAAGCAGGGCUCCCUGUCAGCAGUGCUACACAAUGGAAUCCACCUUUCAUAUAGUUUCUAUGGUCCCACAGGAGAAUACAUAGUGAGUCCCCAGAAUGCAGAGGAGGGAGUCACAGAGGCCUCCACCAUUGCUCCCAAACCUCUCUCCUCCUCCACCAAGGGAACAGACCUGGAUUCAGUUCCCUCCAAGAUACACACCCCAUCCAGCCAGAACAGACCUCAAGAGUCCCAGACUAAGUCGUGUGAAGGCCAGCCAGCAUCCCCAUCAAGUCCAUUCAACAGUCUCAACCUGUCUGUUCCUAAUGGCCUACUGCUGCAGUUUCUGAGAGAGGAUAUUCAAGGAGUGUCCUCAGAGGAGCAGGGUAUGUUAGUGAGACAGAGCUUUCCUCUUCAUGGUGGGGGAGACCUGCCACAGCUUCAGGACCCCUCCCUCUCCAAAGAAGUGUCCCGCAUUGUCACCAGCCAGGGAACUGUGAUCCGUUAUAUGAGAGACAUGUCCACAGAGGUGCUGUUUGCAGAUGGCUCAGUCAGUUUCAGCCAGGAUUGUGGUCCGGUGUGGGUGCCUGACUCUGAGGUUGAGCAGGAAAACACUCCCCAGGAAGCUGAGGACUACAAGAAAGAACAGAGCUCAGAGAAGGAGGCUGAUGCUCAGAGAGGGUGUUGGUUAACUACGACUCCCUCUGGAGCUCGCAUCUGCACUGUGGGGACCACACACAAACACAUACCCACCACCCCUCUUCUUGCCUUCAAGGCUACAGACCCCAUCACCCAUGUGGUGAUGCUGAGCCGGGAGGAUCUGGUGGUUUCUGUCCAGAAGCCAGAUGGAUCUCUAAGUGUGGAACAUGCAGAUGGAACCAGGAUCACCAGUCUCUAUCAAGAUAGGCCACCAGACAUAGGGGAGCAGUCUGAGAGUGUGACUUUUAAAGCCACUUAUGAAUGUGUAUGUGGCUACACUGAGUGUGUAUGUGUCACACGCUGCGCUGACAGCAUCACUGAGAACAGGCGCACCCAGGAUAAUUGUGACAUUGGAGAAGUGAAUAGCACAGACAGUGUGGGGAAAGCAUGUGACAAGGAGGAUGCAUUUACAAAGCUGAGUGACUGUGAGCAUGUGUGCGAUGAAAGGGAGUGUGCUGAAAAUACACUGUAUAAGAACGGAGAGGAGAGUGUGUUUGCAGACAAGACUGUGGCUGAGAAUGGUGAGAGGAGUGCAUGUGAAAGUGAUAAGGGGAGUGUGUCAGCCAAAGAGCGGGUGGUGUUGGUGGAGAAGGAGGGCUGCGCCACAGUGGUGAUGUAUCCAGAGCGACAUACAGCUCAUGUCUUUUUGGCUGAUGGAACUGUCAUCACUGGGAACAACCAAGGAGCCUAUCAGGUGUUCCCAUCCAGUGUGGGGCUUCUGCAGAUCCAUAGUGAUGGGAAGUGUGUAUACUCGUCUGACCUACUUGUGACCCCCACUCCAAAGGGUGGCACUCCCAUAACUCAACCAGGAAGCUACACCAUGAGUCAUAGAGACACAGUGGCCUGUGACAUUACAGACCCCGAUGGAAACCACUUCCAGGUGAUGGAGGAUGGGCAGAUAUCAGUGCUGAGCAUCAGUCCUGCUCCAAGCACACUGAAACAUGAUGAGGAAGAGCUAGAGGAGGAGGAGGACAGAGAAGUGGCCAGGCUUCAUGUAAAACACAGAGAACAUUGUCCCAGGCUGUUUCUGGUACAGGAAGAUGGCUCAGGUACUGAACUGCUGAGUUCUCAAACUGUAGAGGAGCUGCUCUACCAGGCGUACUCUGACCCUACCAUAGCAGUGCUGAAGGAACCACUGCCAGACACACAAGAUGAAUUUGGCAUUACCAUCCUAAAGCCCAGUCACCAGAAUGUGUGGUCCCAGUGGAAGCUAGGGAAACAGAACCCUGACAUAACCCCUCCCAACCUCAGAAACCGCAGCUGGCAUGAUUUCCCUAGUGCAGAGAAGAAGAGCCCAGGUCCUCCAUUUGGUACUGACAUGGGGCGAGGUCUGUCUCUGAGGGAGAGGUCUGGUGGUUCUGCAGUACAGCACCAACCUGUCAGGAGCUGCCCUAAAGUCCUGGAGAUGAGGGAACUGUACCAGCACAGACCAUUCACCAUGUCCCUCAAAAAUACUAUAGAUGCACGACUGAAGGAAUACAUAGAGAGUCUGAUGGAGAGGGAGCAGCGAUCGGAGGAGAUAAAGGUCAAAGACCCUCGCACUGAGGAAGAGAAUGUCCAUGCCAGUGAUCUGCUCAACCUGGUCCUGUCUUUCGCAGAGGAAGAAGAUGCAGAUGACACCUCUGAAAAGAGGACUUCAGUAGACAUAGGCAAUCUUUACAGCAAAGGUAUUGGAGCCCAAGCUGAGCAGUCAGAUGCUUCAGAAGACAUGGCCACAGUGGGUAGUGACAGUUUUACCAAUGGAAAGGAGUCAAAAUGGACUGAAAGACUUGCACAAUACAGACAGGAGGUCUGUGAGGAGAAGAGUUAUAGAGAUGCUCUGAGAAGAAAGAACAUUGUUCCUUAUUUCCACCCAGAAAAUAUUGCAUUAUACCAGAAUCUGCUACAGCAGCGAACACCAGACAUGAGGAGUCUAUCCAUGGAACUCCCUCCGAUCCCCAAAUCAGACAGUGCUGAGACCUUCCUGAAAGAUGCCCCACAAGAGGACACCCCACGGCCUUUAAACCCAACACCCUCCCAGUCAGCAAGUCGUGCAGCAGGAAGUGACAGGACAUCUGAGAAGAGACCCACUAACCCAACACCUCAGUCUGCUGGUGAAAGCAGUCUUAGGCGUCCAUCAGGUCCAUAUAAGUCAGUCCAGGUGGAUGUGACCGGAAAGCCCAGGAGGAAUAAAGUCAGACUACCGACCUCCAUCCUCAGCUCUAAACCAAGCAGUGUACCAAAUCAGCAGUUCCUAUCGGUGGAAGAGCCAGUGAGGAGGAAGUGUCGAACGAUUUCUCUGACUGAUCCAAAUGUUGUGGUGAGGGGGUUCCAGCUCCUCCCAUCCAGUGCUGACUUUGGUACCCUGCAGGAGGGCACCUCCUCAGCCAUUACUGUGGUGAUGAAGAAUGUGGGUGUUGACACCUGCAGGUUCCAUGUGAAACAGCCUCCUCCUGCUACAGGCCUCCGGGUCAUCUACAAUCCUGGGCCUGUGGCUGCUGGUUUGCAGGUAGAGCUGCAGGUUCAGCUGUUUGCCAUAUGUACAGCUCAAGCAGGAGAGGUAGAGCCAAAAAAAUACAUCUCCCAGGAUAUUAUCAUCCACACCGAGACAGACAUCCUCUACCUGCCCGUCACUGCUACCAUCCUCCCUGAGAGGUUAUACGACAUUUGGCUUAAAGACCACACCAGUGCACACAAAAAGAAAGGCUCCAGAGUACUUGAACUGUCCCCCAGCCUACCAGUUGGCCAAGGAGUCAUACUCAAACAACCCAGCACCCUGCCGACCAGUCCUGCAACAAAAAACAGGACAUCCUAGUCAACGGGGAAUACACAGAGCCAAGAUUUCACAUUGCUCAAGUCUUCAUCCCAUUAUUAUCAUAUAACACGCCUCUGUUUUAUUCCCCCAAAAAUGACGUUUUAAUGGGUUUUGAUAUUUUCCUCUAAAUAAAAUCUUUAUAAAGACUGAAAUAA